AGAAGAAAGAGUCCGACCGCAGGGAUCAGCGUUUUUUUGGGAAAGAGUUUUUGAAUCAUGGCGUUCUCUGUCCCGAAGCCGGGACCCGGCUCGCCGAAAGCGGCCGAGCGUAUGCUCCGCGAUGCGAACGACAAGACCCUCACGCCUGCCAGGAGGGCGAAGCUCAUAUCACUACAGAAAAGAGAGGAGAUGAAAGACGUUUUGAUCAAGAAGUUCACGGAGAGGUAUCGUGAUUUCUGUCUUCUAUGCAUAUUCGAUGUCUACUUGUUCGAGAUCGAAAGGAACCCACUGGACCGAUGCACAUGAUUUGCAGAAACAAAAAACGCUAAUCCUCACACCGUAAUGAAAAUACACAGAGUAAACGGCGAUGGGGUUUCAGCAGACAAGAAGAAGGCUAACGAGGCCGCGAUAGAAGCCGAAGUGGGAAACUUCCUCGGAACGGGGGCAAUUACGGAGCAGAACCUGAAAAGGCUCGAGAAGAAAAUCCAUAGCAAAACAGGUAUGAUUUCUUGCGUGUUUCUUGUGCGCUUUGAACUUUUUGAGAAUCAAGCGAGUUUUUUUAGUUCAUGACUUAGGCGCACGACUUAAGCGCACUACCUAAGCGCACUACUUAAGCGCACUACUUAAGCGCACGACUUUAGCAGACGCCUUGAGCGUACGACUGGAGCGUACAACAUUAUAAGCGCACGACUUUAGCGUACUACUUAAGCGCACGGCUUUAGCGUACGACUUAAGCGAGCGACUUAAGCGCACGACUUUAGGAGCGCACGACUUUAGGAGCGCACGACUUAAGCGCACGCCUUACUCUGACAACAAAAACAUCUACCCAGGCACACUUGAGGGCGACAACGUAUCCGUGUCCAACUACUCCGUCGCGCAAAGCUUGCAAUCACACCGCUCUAUGGGCAGUGCAGCAAUCGGUGCAAAUUUGAAGCGGGACUGGAAGCUACUGGACGAGUAUGCAGUUAUGCUCCAUGAGCAGGACGCGCAGAAGUUCAAGAACAGUACUGAUGUCGUUUCUAGUUCUUUGCAGAUUUUUGACGGUGCCAGAUCAAGAAAAAGUUUUGUUUUGGUUUCCUACACAUCACUCGCCUUCCGGUCCGCUACACGAAAUGAAAACUUUUGCAAGCGCAACAUCAUCAACAAACCUUGCACCAAACAGAGCAAAAAUCCGUCCAAGAGAAGCUCUACCGGGACCUUACCGCGCAAAUAGACGCCGCGAAGAACAAGGACGACUACAAGAAGGCAGAAGACAAGAAGUACUUUGAGGAGGGCCUGAAGGAGUUGGAGCUCUGGCGCGUCGCGGAAGCAGAAAAGCUCGCGGAGCAAAAGAGAAAAAACAUGAUCGAGAAGCAGAUGCGAGACGAGCAAAUACAAAUGAACAUCAAAGUGCAAGAGGACGAGAAGUAUCGAAACUACUUUUUCCGUGCGGGCAAAUACAAAUGAACAUCAAUGACUUUUUUGUUUCUGAAGUGGUCCUUCAUUGUGUUAUUCCACCUAAAUGAGCGGAAAGUUCUUUCAACUGCAUCAAGUACAGGCUAUGAUAAUUUCAGCAAAAAAGCAUGCUGACCCCACAUCGACCACAGGGCUGCAAAGGAGAAGCAGGAAAAGGAGCUGGUGGUGCGAAUCCAGAGGGAGCUGGAGGAAGAAGCGAAGAAGCAAGCGAAGAAAAUAGAAGUACAGUUUUUUGCUUAUCAUUUGUAUCAUAGUUGUCUGUCAUGCACAUCUGCAUGCUCAGAAUGUUUCUCAUGCGGAGCUCCAUGACAAGCAUUCUCCAGUCGUGCUUUGGAAUUUGUAAUGCUCCAAGCAGCAUAAUAGGCUAGAUCUGUGAUGCUGCUGAACAAGCUUGGAAAAUGAAUAUCACAGCAAAACAAAGCCAACAUGGCGAAAGUUUUCAAGGAGAACCAGGAGAACAAGGCCAAGAAGGUAUUACAAUGAAAAAUGCCCCCACGACCCCAGAACUUAGCAGCAUUUGCAUUGCAAACCUUUCCAGUAGAAACACUCCCCGUCUUGCAUAUAUCAGCAACACAAAUUUUAUUUUCCAUGCUGAAUAGCUGAAAUCUGUGUUGCAAAGGAGCCCAACAGUAGCCGGAUCUGUCAUGCAAAAGAUACCUUGCGGAGUCUAGGUUCUGCAUCAGAAAGACUCGCAGUCCUUUCAUGCAAGACAAAAAGCUGUCAUUUGGAAACUUUGCAUGAGAAACUUUUUGCAAAUUUCGGGGUGGGGGCAUUUUUCAUUGUAAUAGAAGGAGGCGGAGCUGAAGGAACAGGCGGACGCAGACAUGAAGCAGAUGAAAGAAUACGCAAAGUUACUGGAGCGCCAAGAAGCAGCCCGAAAAGAGGAACAGCAGGCGCGGGCGGACAGACAAAAGAGCCUCAUGGACAAGGUGCGUUGCUUGAUUACGUGACUUUGCAUGUCAUUUUUGUACUAUCCUAGCAUGUUGCAGAUUCCAUAUUUGUCCUCUCUUACGUUUACGGCGCAACUCAAUCAUCUUACUUCCAUAAGCUCGGAUUUUAUUUUUGGUGAUUAUUCAAGAAGCGUAACUUUUUACCCUCAUAACAACAGAUGAAGAACACCGUCAUGGCGCAGGCGGCCGCCAAGGGGCAAGAGGACGAAAUUCGGGCCGCAAAGCAGAAGGAGGAGGCUGACUUGCGAGCGGUAUCUAUUUUUGUUGCUCUUGCGAAUAUUGUUCGUCGUAGAAUACGACGGAAAAUCAUAAGUAGUACUGUGGAAUAGAAUAAGCAAUACUGUUGAUCGGCACCCUAAAACAGCUCGAGAUGGCCGUCAACAAGCAGAUGAAAUUAGAAGCAAUGCGGGCGGAAACGAGGGAUUACCUGCUGAAGCAGAUGCAGAUAAAGAACGAAAGAAAACAGCAAUCCUUGGAGCUGAAAAAGCUGCAGGUAUACUUAUUCAGCGUCUUGUGCUGUUUGACUCUAGUUGUACUAUGGCGGCUUUGAUAUUUCUAGUCGCUGACCGCACUGUCUGUAUCGCAAAGGCGCAAUGCGAAUGCCACACGACUCCGUGUUUCGAAUGGAUUCUCAGGCCGGGGUUCUGGAUGAGGACCGGGCGCAGUACGAAGCGCAGGAGGCGAAGAAGGUGCAGGCUUUGAAGCUGAAGGCCUACGAGCAUCAGAAAGAGCUGCAGAAGCAGAUCUUGGAGAAGGAAGCCCGACCCAAAGACGUGGCAAUGUCGGCCGAGGAAGAGAAAAUGAACAAGGACCUGCUGGACCAUGUCUGCACGGUAUCAAAAUGAAAAAUCCCCCCUCCCCAUAUCAAAACGGAACUUUGUGAUGCUGAUUUGUGGUCACAAGUCGUCUUUGUCUUGUAUAUAGGACGAUCAUAGGAGCCAUUUGACGCAUUCCAGAGCAAGUCUGUCAUGCGCUUUCGACUACUGCAAGCCUGUUUGUCAUGCGCAAUUGCUAGCCUUCUGCAUUAUACCCAAACAGGCUGAGAAAAUGCCGCCAAGCACUCUCUGCAAGACAGAUCUGAUUUGUGUACGCAAAUCCAGCUUCAGAAACUUCGCUUCGAUAUGGGGAGGGGGGAUUUUUCGUCUCAAUACACGGAGCUCGAGAAGGCCCGCUCUGCGGUCGGAGGGAUGAGCCCGACCUCUGCGAAAUAAGGAAAGCUUUGCGGAACAAAGGUUUGGAUUUAUCUUCGACGGUUGUGGUUUCGGAGAAAUUUUUAUGCGGAACAAUUUCUCCAAAUAACCAGAACCAGCUCCAAAAAAUGCAGGACAACGAAAAUGCAACCGCUCGGUCUUUGUAUUUAAGAAUCAGAAAAACUAAAACCGCACGUAAUCCACUUCUAUACCUGAUCGUGGUCUUUUGGGACUCGUGUUGGGUCGGUUGUCGGCAAGACGUUCGACAGAAUUCUAUGUUCUUGCAAGUUUGAAUAGGAUGUUACAGUUUGUUAGCAGCGCAUUUGAAUAGUUUGUUAAUCGAAACAUCUUCAGACAAAUUUUAUGGUUCAGAGUAACAGUUUGAAAGCAGUGCAGAGACAGUUUGGAAUCGUUCUAGAUCUUAUCACUUCAGACACAGUUUAAUAACCCUCCGUCCCCGAGCGGCAGCCGUAUGGUGGACGGUUGGUCCUGAAGAAGAAAAGUACUGCUUGCGUAGCAGUAUCCCAUGCUACAGUGUGUGGUGCGUCUUAUUUUUAGGUGAAGCAGGACUUGAAACACGUGACAGUAUUAGAAAUCGCACAGAGUAUGAUCGAAAACGGCAAGCAGACUACCAGUAAAAAGUAGAAUACAGCAAUCGCCCGGUGCACGUAGAAUGAACUUCAAUCAGAUUAUGCUUAUUGUUAAUGCGCAGAUGUUGAAUACAGUUCGCGUUCGCGAUAAAUCACACCCCGUAGCAGCGCGGUC